AUGGAAAAACAUCAUCACCGACACCACUUGAAGAACCUCUUCCGUAGGGACAAAGACCUGCUGGACCUGGAGCUGAGAUCGGGCUCGCAUUUGAACCUCUCCAAGAUCUUCCACAAGGACAGGGAGUCCACGCCCACUCCUGUCGGCAACGCACACGCCGCUGCGCAGGAAUCGCUGUCGCAUGCUCUGUCGUUGCACAGAUCGGAGGGCACCGUGGUGGGUAAGGUGGAGAAGGGUGCCAACGGCAAGUUGUCAAUUGUGCCCAACCUGGACUCCUCCGCGGCGCCCGCCAGCCCGGCAACGCCAGUGGCGGGCCACAGUCGAAUGAACUCGGCCCAGCAGAGUCCUCACACGCCGGUUGCUGCUCAAACGCCGAAGAAACAUGACGAGUCUCCCUCUCUGAGACUCAGCCGGUCCUCGUCAGAUGCGGGAGGCUUCAAGGGCGUCUCAACGCCGCUGGCCGUUUCGUUGAAGAGAAACAAUACCAACGGGACGUUGGCGGGUAGCCGCCAGCCUGUUCGUCGUUCCGAGACGAUGCCUUUCAACAAUAGACCACAUGGCGCGCUGAUCGGCCUGGCCUCCAAUGUCAACCGCAAGAACUCCCAUCACGGCCAUCACGAGAAGAUAAAGUACAAUCCAUACGGUAUUAACAAGCUGGAUCUGAACCAAAUCGCUUCGCACUCCACGUCGUUCUACUUGAAAGGUGGGCCUGACCUGGGCGGCCGCGUGGUAGCCAACCCGGUGGCCGAUCCAAAUGACUAUUUGCCCGAAGACUUGCACGAGGACCACAUCAAUUUAUUAGAGGACUUCGAGUACGAGAAUCUGGACAAGAAGAUUGGUGAUGGUGGCUCCGGUGAUGUGCGCAUUGUCACCUUGAACACCAACAAAAAGAAACACUUUGCCUUGAAGAAGUUCUCUCUCUUCUCGAAAGAGACUGACGAGGAGUUCUACAAAAGAGCCGCAAAGGAGUACAUAAUCAGUCGUAGAGUAGCCUCUCUGCGGCAUGCUGUCAGCACUUUUGCCCUUUUGAGAAUUCAAUCGCACGGCAACAUGACCCGUGGAUGGGGUAUGGUCAUGGAAUUCUGUAAUGGCGGAGAUCUAUUCAAUAUGAUUGUGAGACUGGGCUGGAAGAGAACACCCUUGGUCGAGCGCUAUUGCAUUUUCAAACAAAUCGCCUAUGGUGUCAAAUUUCUUCACGAAAAUGACAUUGUCCAUCGUGACUUGAAACCAGAGAAUAUUCUUCUUGACCACAAUGGCUUAGCUAAGCUUUGUGACUUUGGUGUGAGUGACUGGGGACAUGAGGAGGUUGGCAAUUUUGAGUCGCCAGUCAAGCUCUCAACCGCAUAUGUGGGAUCUCCUCCCUAUUCACCACCGGAAGUGAUGAUUCUUAAAGAACUUUCACUGACAGAGUUGAAAAAACAUGCAUACGAUCCUUUUAAGAUGGACCAUUGGAGUUUGGGUAUGCUUCUCUUCUGUUUGGUCUACUCUGGUGUUCCAUUCCAGCUGGCAACAGUUCAUGACAACAAUUUCAGAGACUACAAAUUUAACAGAGACAGAUUCUGUUCUGACAAUCCCUCAUUCAAGAAUAACUCUGAUUAUGCCAAAGGUCCUGGCUCUGAAUUCAAGUGGGCCUCGCUGUUCCAGUCAAGUGGUGCCGCCCGCGUAGCUUGGAAGCUUUGUGAUCCAUCUUCCACCAAGAGAUACGACUUGGAUAAUUUGUUUGCUGACCCCUGGUUCAAGAGCUUGGAAAUGUGUAUCUACGAGCACCCAGACCAAUCGGUCGACCCAAUUGUAUACCAUUCAGCCAACCCAUCAGCCGCAUCCUCUGCCCAAAACUCUAGAGCCCCUUCAAGAAAGAAUACGAUUUCUGGUCAUAGCGCUCACGAUGAAAGCGGAAGCGGAGGUGGAUACAACCCAAUACGGAGCAUGCUAGACAUGUCUUCUCUCUCCAAGGAAAUCGACGAUGACAAUGCUUCGGUAAAAUCCAGCUCUCUGUUAGACCACACUCCACUUAAAAUCAAGCAAGAAGACCGCGUGGACAGAUCUGGAAGCGAGGUUCUGAUCCAUCUGAUAGGCUCAAACGGGUCGAACGCGAAGGUUCGGUCUAUGCUUGACUUCUCGCCGACUUCCGAGAAACCGCCGCUCCCUAGUGUUGCAGAGACCGAUCCACAACUUAAGGCCAAGCACUCGCCGCUGCUAGAAGUUUUGAAAGAGGUCACAUCUAGGAGUGGCAAGGAACCAGACGCAACAGAGAUCGAGGCACUCAGCCUCGAUAAGAAUGCGCAAGUUCCGCAACCUAUCAAUACACCACACUCAGCCGACCUGUCAUACUUUGCAGAAAAAUUAAAUGAUGCAGAUGGCAAAAUAGCCACCACGAAUUUCUUCGACGAUAUGCCAAUUCGCCCACACGACGAAGGUGCAAUCAGUUCGGAUGGUGUAUGCGAUCAAGGAUACAAGAUCAAGAAGCAUAGCCACAUGGGAGUGACCAACGUUCAUUAUAGCGGAAGCAGAAGAAAGUAA